AACAACGAGGCUCGACAAACACAGUAGGACCAGUCAUAUAGGUAAAUUUGAGCACUGCUGAUUUCUUCAGGACUACGUCGACGGUAAAGGCUCAAUCUAUGUAGAUUGAGAUUUGCUUAAGUCAGUAUCUACACAGAUAUUCGAUCUUCAAGACUCGUUUCUCACACUGUGAAAUAAUCACGGUUCCAUUGCCCCAUAUAAGCUUGGCAUUCAUCCCCUCGACAUCAACCCAACUGAUCACCCAAAUUGACGGCUUUGUGCGAUGGAUAAAAACUAAAUUAUCUUCAUUCUCAUAUGCGAAGCGAUUUUUAAAGCUAGAACACGAUGUCGGAACCUUGGGGCCCCAAUACCGCCUCGCUCGUCAGGAAGGGCCUCGGUUACCUGGCCUUGAUUUGCCUGGCCGCUUUCUUUUAUCGCCUAUAUCAAGUUCGAAUGUUGUUUCGACGGAUCCAGAAGGAUUACGGCAUCCCGAUUCUCCCACACUCCUUUAUAUUUGGCCAUCUGGUGACGAUCGCUAGAGCCAGCAUGAAAUACGGAAUCCCGCGAGACGCCCAUGGUCAUUGGACGUUCUAUCACCUCAAGCGGGAAUAUCCUGAUAUUCUGAAUAAAGGUAUAAUGUAUAUGGAUGUAUGGCCAAUUGGAUAUCCUAUGAUAGCAGUCUAUCAUCCGGAUUUGAUGGCCCAGUUCAUCCAGGAGAAUAGUCUCCCUAAAUACUGGGCCAUGGGGCAAGUUGAAUUCAAGGCCUUCACAGAAGGUGAGGACUUGUUGAAUCUGGAUGGCCCAGAGUGGAAGAAAGCUCGGAGCAUAUUCAAUCCUGGCUUUUCAGCUAGGAACCUUUUAUCGCUCGUUCCGAAUAUGAUAGAGGAAGUCUUAGUCUUCCGGGAGCGACUCCGAAAAGCCGUGUUAUCUGACCAAGUUGUGCGGCUCGAAGAUUAUACGACAGAUAUAGCCGUAGACAUUGUUGGGUGCGCUGUAUUGGGAGCACGCCUGCAAACACAAGUUAAGCCAAGUCGAUUAAUGACAACAAUGAAAUCCCAGAUUAGCCUCAUGUUUUUCGAGCUUGAUAUUAUGAAGCUGUUGAACCCAGUUCGAGUAUUCAAAAACUUGAUAUACAAUCGCAUCAUUCGGGACGAGUUAGUCCCUUAUAUUUUGAAUACAGCUCAGAAUUAUGAAAAAAUUGAAGGACCCAAAACCGUUAUCGCCCUGGCUUUAAAUUCAUAUGUCAACGAAACACAGGAUUACUCUGCCAGAGGGGAUAUUCCGCGUGAGUUCAUUGAGCGAGUCGUUAAACACAUCAAGAUUUUCAUGUUCGCCGGACACGAUACGACCGCUACUGUCCUUGCAUACGUAUAUUACCUGCUCGGCAAGCAUCCUGAUAAAUUAGCUAAGAUACGGACUGAGCACGAUGAGGUUUUAGGUGUCGACCCAACAAUCGCUGCUGACCGCAUUAGAGCCGACCCUACAUUGCUCAACAAGAUGCCCUACACGAUCGCUGUCCUCCGAGAGACAUUGCGCCUAUACCCUCCCGUAGGUGGUUCGAUUCGCCAGUCCCCGCCGGGACACUUCCUUACACAUCCCGAAACUGGAGUUCGUUAUCCGACCCAUGGUUUUAUGCUACAUUCCUCUGCGUCGACCCUACAACGCGACUCAGAUUACUGGCCCGAUGCCGACUCGUUCAUUCCGGAGCGAUUCAUGACGCAUGACGAUAGCGAUCCUUUGUACCCCAUAAAGAACACCUGGCGGCCAUUUGAGAUGGGACCACGAGCGUGUAUCGGCCAAGAAUUGGUUUCCGUGGAGAUUAGACUCAUCCUCGCCUUAACGACGCGCGAGUUCCAAGUCGAGGAGGCCUAUGCCAAGGACGCGCCAGAAUGGAUGGGUGAUAAAGCAUAUCAGAUCUUUAACCCCGAUGUUGUCGCCGCGGCCCAUAUCAAAGAUGGCCUCCCCGUGAGGGUUAAAUCUAGAAAUCUGAACUAAUAGAUGGCUCUUACGAUAGUUAUAUAAACAUAUCACAUUCGAGUAGCAUCGUUUACAGCAAUAAUCACAGAGACACAUAUGAAAUGAUGUCUCUUCAAAAUGGGUAAUGAGCAAAAUCUUUACUAACGACACCUCGACACCGUGAGACCAUCUAAUUGGAUUAAGAAUUCUGAGUUAUACACCUAAUAUGCUUUAUUUAUGGUUAAUAAAAGGUUGAUCGCCAUCGGACUUGCACCCAGCCAGAUUGGCUGAACGCUUAGCAAGCAUCCCUUGAUUCUUCUCAGCCCGGGUCAUAUACUCAGUAGCCUCAUCAACCACAACGCGCAGGUCCUCGUCGACUUCGGUUCUUAUUUCCCGGAGACGACGCUUCCAAAAACACCAUCGCUCAAGACUAUACCCGCUUUCGCCGGUGUAUAGUGGCCCUCCGCGAUACGGACGACCACG